AUGGGUAUUCUCAAUGCCUCUGUCGCUUCUGCUGGCAAUGUGGCGAAAUGGGUGCGUGAUGAGGCCACGGACGACGAGACUUCGAAAAGAAACGAUCGGCAACGAAGGAAUAACGUUGUCAUGGGAGCCACACCAAGCCCAAAUCUCCCAAAUUUAGGUCCCGUGGACCGUUCAAAGAUUCUGAAGCAUCUCCUCGCAAAGGUGAAAAGCAAGUAUGGAGAACGUCUGCGGGAGAUUGGCCGCGAUCCUACAAACUUGAAGGAGUGUGGCGUGUACUUGCAUAUACUUUGGAGGAAGGAGCAGCCAGGCAUCUUUUGGUUGUAUGUUGGGCAGGCAGUAGUGCUUUGCAUCAGGAUUGAGACGCAUAAUGAUCCCUACCGCCGCCGCCGCAACCCAUGUCUCCACUAUCAUAUAUGGGACCUCGAUGACAACAUGGAGUCUGUAUUCGUCUCACUUGCUACGCAUAAACAGCCUUCAACGCCCGAAGAGCAGCUUAUCUUAAACAUCCAAGAGAUGUGGAUGUGUCUGGUCUUCCAGACACUGACUCCCGUCCAAUUAGACGAUUACCUACCAGAAGGGGUUCAAAAACUUUGGUCUGGAAAUCAUCUCAACGUCGCACUGCCCCUGUGGCAAGGGUUCACCGGGGACAAAGACUCUGUACGAGACGCAACCGGCGGACGCCAUGCCUUUCAACAAUAUUUGCGUUCAGAGGACCCAAUUGUGCGCGAGUGGGCCGAAAACACGAGAGAUGCAUUCAAUGACAUCAGAAACUCACCAGAUCCUGUACUUCGCAACUACUACAGGGAAAUUCUUUUGGAAAGGCAUGCCAAAGCACGAAAAACGCUGGAGGAUAAAAAGACUGAGAACCUGAAGAAGUACCUAUCCGAGGCAGAGACAACCGUCCACCUUUAUCAUGACGGUCAGAUGGCUACAAUUUCAUGUGGGAUGUUCCAGUUUACCUUACCACGAUCCCUGAAACUGGACCCCAAAGAGGGGGAUGUGGUAUCCUGCAGAUUUCAUCUUGCCGAAAGGCCACAUCCGAAUCCCUAUGCUAAGAAGGCAGAACCUAGGGAUCCAGCCAGCCGGCUCGCAGUCUCGAUUAGGGGGAGGGAUCGCCAUGGAGCGUUUGACGUAUGGCUCUCAACAGGCGGACUGCAAAAUGUCAAGAAGAUGAAUUCUUUGGUCGAUGUCUUGGAAGGCUAUACUUUGGAAGAAAGCCGAAGCUUUGAGAGACGUUGGUAUGUGCACCGGGAAACGGUGGAACGGACGCAUGUGUACACUUAA